GUUUCUGGAGGCAGGUAUAUGUUCAAUGGCCUUGCACGGGGCUGAAGAGAGGAAGUGAGGGAAUGAGAGAAAGGUGAAAAGGAGAGAGAUGUAGGAGUUCACAUUGCAGCCCGCCUUCUCGGAUUGACUCUCACUUCAUUCUUAAUUCUUUCUCUCCAAUCAUAAUACAGCUUCUACUUCCAUUUCACCUCAGCAGAUGCAGAGCUUUUCCAAAGCGGAUGGACACUCUCAUCUCUCCACCUCCCUCACACUCACUCACGGGGGCAUGUGGGCGGAGGGUAAUUUAGUUUCCGGGCCUGUUAUACACUAGCUGAGCUGUGGGAGUGAGUGUGAGAAAGUGAACGGAUCGGUGUUUGGACCGGUUAUCGUUUCUGCUUGUCUGUCAAUGUGGAGCUCAGAGAGGAGAUGGACAACAAGAGCAGGACGGAGAGAUUAACGGGGGAUGAAUGUGAGUUGGAUGACUGGUACUAUAACGAGGAUGAUAAAGUGCUAUGUGCAGACAGAGUGGGCCAGAUGACGAAGACGUACAAUGACAUCGAUGCUGUCACACGUCUGUUGGAGGAGAAAGAGAGAGAUUUGGAGCUGGCUGCGAGGAUCGGCCAAUCACUCCUUAAGAAGAACCAAACCCUGACUGAGCAGAAUGACUAUCUGGAGGAACAAGUGGGACAAAUCACAGAGGAGGUGGCCCAGCUGCACCAUGAGCUGAACCUGAAGGAUGAGCUGCUGCAGUUUUACACCAAUGCAGCUGAGGAGAGUGAGGAGGAGUCCAGUGGCUCCCCAACGGGUAAGAAGAGUAAAAUAGAAACAGCUUCAGGAGGCUUUGUGAGUGACACACUCCAGAGGAAACUCAAAGAGCUGGAAGAAGAGAACCUGUCGCUCCGCUCAGAGGCUAACCAUCUAAAGUCAGAGACGGAAACAUAUGAGGAAAAGGAACAGCAGCUUGUUAAUGACUGUGUGAAGGAACUCAGGUUAUCCAGUCUCCAGAUCUCUACCAUAGCGGAGGAAUUGGCUCGUAAGACUGAGGAUGCCUCCCGGCAGCAAGAGGAAAUCACACACCUCCUCUCUCAGAUAGUCGACCUGCAAAAGAAAGCCAAAUCUUAUGCGGUGGAAAAUGAGGAGCUCUCUCAGCACCUGAUAGCAGCUAAAGAUGCCCAGAGGCAGCUUACAGCAGAGCUCCAGGAGUUGGAGGAGAAGUACUUGGAGUGCAUCGAGAUGCUGCAUGAAGCCCAGGAGGAGCUGAAGAACCUGAGGAACAGAAACUACCCCGCAGGAACCCCCCGACGCUACCAUCCCCUGGGACUGUAUCCCAUGGAUUCUCUGGCAGCUGAGAUCGAGGGAACAAUGAGGAAGGAGUUGAGUCUGGACGACCCAGAGUGCGAGGAACAGAAGAUCCAUCGUAAGCGUGUUUUUGAGACAGUCAAGAACGUCAAUCAGACUGUGCGUCAGCGUUCACUGACUCCAACCAGCGCCAACAUCCCAGGUUCCAACCAGUCUCUGUCAGCUCGUACAUCGCCACAGUCCAGCGGCCUCUCCACGCCUCGCUCCAGCAUAUAUGGAAGUGACAUCAACGCAGACAGUAUUGCCCUUGACAACCGGACGCAGAGCAUCCUGAUGGAGACGACAUCCAAUCAAGAUAGUGCAGAGGGCCGAGAGAAGAAGGCGAGUGGGGCUGAGGACCUGCGGCUGGCCCUGCGCCGCCUGUCUCUGCGUAGACAAAACAACCUGAGUGAGAGGCGCUUCUUUGAGGAGGAGAGGGAGCGGAGGCGGGGAGGACAUGGAGGUCUCCACGAUGCCCUGGGCCAGGAGAGUGCGAUGACCCCCUCAGAAAGCAUCAUGUCCCUUGGGAACCUCCACUUGUGGGCCACGCGAGGGCCUUACCUCCCUGACAAACUCCAGAUCGUCAAACCGCUUGAAGGCUCUGCCACCCUGCACCACUGGCAGCAGUUAGCCCAGCCUCACCUCGGUGUGAUUCUGGACGCCAGGCCCGGAGUCGUGUCAAAGGGCUACAGACCCCUCGAACUGGAGCUGGAGCAGGUGUAUCCAUGGGGCGGCUUUGAAGAAGAUGAACCAGGUGAGCAGUACUUCCAGAAUCUGCCCACCUCCACGGCCUCCGCUUCCCCAGCCGUGCCCUCCACCUCCAGCACAGGCAGCACCAACCUCGGUCAGCCACCGCCCAGCCUCGCUCCACCUUCUCCUCCCUCUCCAUCCCCAUCGCCACAUCUCAGCAACACUGACGCCCUGGCUGCAUACUACCCAGGUAAAUGCAUGGCUCACACCAGCUCUACUUACACCUUCACUACCUGUCGGAUCCUUCAUCCAACUGAUGAGCAGACACGGGUCACACCAAGUCUAAACCCAGUCCCAGCGUCGUCCUCCUGUGUGAUGACCAGCACUCUGUUGGGUACUCCUGCUGCUACACCCUGCACGCCCCGCAGGCUCAGUCUCAGGCCCUCUGAAUCCUCAACUAACCUCAGAGAUGCAACACGUACCACCAGCACAUCCCUGGGGUUAGUGCGCCUUCUCCAGGAGAGAGGGAUCUCAGCAGCAAUGUAUCACCAGAGUCAAGGCCUGGAGCACGGAAAGAGCAGCGAAGGGGUUUUAUUCAGCACGUCCAUCACUCCCAACAGAGCCCCCAACCCUGACCCCCUGCGCCCCUCUACUCCUCCAAACUCCCCCACAGGGCGGGGAGCUUCAGCUGUGCCAAUCUCCGUGGGCUUCGACUUCAAGAGCCCCUCCUAUGACAACUUCCUGGCUUCCAAACCGGCCCGUUCCAUUCUGAAAGAGGUGACGGGAGGGAUGAGGGGCAGGCAGAGAGGGAGGGACUGCGAAAGCCAGACGGACGUUAGCGUGACCGUUCACAACCUCAACCUGCUGGAUAAGGUGAAGCGGCUGGGUGUGGCCGGAGCUCAAGGGGGCAGAGCAGUGAGUCCCAGCCCCAUCCUGGGGCCUCUGGGCGGGCUGCGCAGAUCCGGCUCUCCUUUUGGGCCCGAUGGAAUAAGAAGGAACCGGAGUUAUCCAGCCAUGGUUGGAGCCAGCAUGGCCAUGAAGGCUCCAGGGCCCCCGGAGUAGUCUGGACUGCUUCUGUCCAUCAGGGUAUCCACAUAGGAGCCAGGCAGGGCCAAGGACUGGCUGUUGAGCAGUCACCUGGAGCCCAAACACUGACUGACACUGUUCAUACUCUACAACAACAACGUGGCACUACUGAACAGUUUCUAAUCACUACUGUGGUACGACACUGACACGAUCCACUCUCCAGUGCUUUUAGGUGGUGACUCAUGCUUGAAUUAAAAGCAGCUAGUAACUUAAAGGGAUCUGUUCACCCAAAAUACAAAUAAAAACAUUUCUAACUGACCACUAAAGGUAUCUAGCCAUGCAGAUAGAUAGUUGUGGUUUUAUGUGCCCAGAUUUUUAGAUAUCUCUGAGAUGAGGGUGAAUGGAAAUUGAAUCAUAUUGCUCACAGCCUAAAAAUUACAGUUAGAAACUUAAACAGUAACUUGUUUUUCAAGAUAUAAAGCUCUAUUUACUUAGUUUUUUCCACAGACCAUGCCAUGAACAGUAUAAUUCUUUCUACCAAUUAAAGUUUGACAUUUUGGGAAAUAUGCUUUCCGAGAUGAGAAGAUUGAUAUUAAUCUCAUGUCUUAGAGUGGUAUCAACCUUCUCAUCUAGCUCUCGAAAAGAACAAGAAAAAGUGUAUUUCCUAAAUUGUUAAACUAUUUCUUUAAAUGAAAUACAAACUGUUUGUUCUGUGGAUGGACACUAGUUCUAGUAUAAUGUAACUGCAGCACAGCAUUAGGAUCAGAGACAAAAAUCUUAAAAUCUGGGCACAAAAAAACUAUUUUAUGUAAUUUGGGUGAACUGACCCUUUGGAAAGUAGAAUAUCUUAAAAAGGGAGCUAUUGAGAUUUCUGUUUGGUAGAAAUCCAAGAAUGAUGUAGUGAAAGCUGCAAAUAUCUCACACUGCUGUCCACUCAGAUCCCUGCUUUGGAGACUGACUCUGCUGGCUAGAUGUAGUACUCCCACUCUUGCCUUUUUGAAACACAUCCACAUAAAUCCUACACACAUCCAGACAGGUGCACUCUAUCAAAUCUGCCAUCACACAAGUUGGCUAUUUGUAUCACUGUAGCGCUAAACCAUGCCUUCCUUUCCUCUCUGUUAUUGGAUUAAGAUCCACAUUUUAUAACCGAUUAAACAUUUACACCAAAUAAGUGAAAUUACUGUAUGUCCUCCCUACUCUCACUCUCUUACCCCUUCCUAUAUCCCUCCUGAAGUGAUUGGGUGUGAGUCCGACAAGUCCCUUUCAACAAGUCAUUGAAUAGAUUUUAUGUCAGUAUUGAAGAUGCUUUGGUUUAGUUUCCUAAUUGGCCAUUACAAAGGGAAGUGAUGAUGAUGAUGAUGCUUCCACAGAACAUGAAAGAUCAAUACGCUGAAGCCACAGCUCACAAAGAGGACAGAGAGAGGUAUGAGAGGAAUGAUUGUGGCUAAUCAGCCGUUGUGCUCGGAAGCUUUCGGACAUUUUCCUUCUGGUUUCAUCUGUGAAAUGAAGCAAUAUAGUGCCUCAACCAUUGAUGAUUUAUGUUCUUCAUGUGUUGGAUUUAGGGUGUGAAGGAGCUGUCGAUUGUUACACUUAUUUAUUUUGAAGAUCUUAUCUUGAUUGAAACUAUUUUUCAUGAAAAAUGAUGUUGUCUCAUGUGCUCACUGUAUAUACUGUUCAUUGUCACUGAAAUGUCAGUAAUGACUUAUAAAGAAAUCAUUAUGUGUAGCGCGUAACCAAGAACCACAGAUUACGUAAGUAUUGGGGUGAGCAUGUAAUCAGGGAUUUUUCCAAAUAAAAAAUCAGCCAUCAAACAAUAA